CGCAAGUGUGCAAAUUACUUCCUGUUAUUGGUACUGUACGAGAUGUCUGCUACUUUGAAGCCUUACUUGAACGCCAUUAAGCACACUCUUACAGCAGCCAUUUGUGUCCAGAAUUUCAACUCACAAGUUGUUGAACGUCACAACAAACCAGAAGUAGAAGUCAAAUCAAGUAAAGAACUUCUUCUUACACCAGUUGUAAUAAGUAGAAAUGAGAAAGAAAAAGUAUUGAUAGAAGGCUCAGUAAAUUCUCUUAGAAUUAGUAUAGGUAUCAAACAGGCUGAUGAUAUAGAAAAAAUCUUGUGUCACAAAUUCACCCGAUUUAUGAUGCAAAGAGCAGAAAAUUUUGUUAUUCUUAGGAGAAAACCUGUAGAGGGGUAUGAUAUAAGUUUUCUUGUAACGAAUGUACAUACAGAAGAAAUGUUUAAGCAUAAACUUGUAGACUUUAUAAUUCAUUUUAUGGAAGAAAUAGACAAGGAAAUUAGUGAAAUGAAGAUAGCCCUUAAUUCUAGAGCUAGAUUAAGUGCUGAGGAGUUCCUAAAACGAUUCUGAUUCAGUCUUUUAUUUUAUAAAUGAUAGAAAAUGGUGCAGCAAAUACAUUUUUAAAACCAUUCCUUUAUGGAUACUUGUUCAGAAGAAAGAUUAAAGCAUGUCUCCUAGAUGUAUAUUCUGUGAAAGCUUAUAAGGAAAUUGUACAAUGAACACAGAAAUUUUAUUGUUAAGCAUGUAAAUUGGGGUUAAAAAAUUGAUAGAUAGACAAUUCUUGAUUAAGUUUGAAUUCCAUUAAUACAAUCAGACUUUUUAAAAUGAUCUAUGGGUAUUUCUGGUGUGCAUCGUCAUUUAAUUUUCAUUUGUUUUUGUAUUGUAAUACAACACUGCUGUUCAAUGGUGAAUUACUAUUUCUGAAAAAAGAAACUGCAAAUUUGUACUUUAUUAUGUAAUUAAAUUUGUGGAUUAUUUCAAGAAGUACAAAUAAUAAAUUUACAUUUUGCAGUCAGAUAUGAUUUAAACCAUAAAACAUCGAAGAUUUUAAGUGGUUAGGAAUAACAGUAUAUGAUUUUGGGGGUAGAUCUAUGUUACUAGGAAGACUGUGCUACAGUUUUAUAUAUAAAUAUUUUCAGUAACAAAAAUAGAGAGGGAAUUCUGAUUUUAAGCACUUCUGUUUACUUAAUGACUGAUUGUUAUUUUUAAACAUAUUUUUGCAAAAUGUUUUGAAAAUUUCCACCUUGUUUUGAAACUUUUUAUUACUAUAAUGUUAUUGUAAAACAUGAAGAUAUUAUUUUUACACUGCCUUAAGCACAACCACAUGACUACUCAAAAACACUCAGAUUGUUAAAAAAUUGAAAUACUUGUUUAGCUGUAAUUUUGUAUGCAUUCCAUGUGUGGGAAGGGGUUUCCAUCCUAAUUUUCCAAAAUUUUUGCAUGAUUUUAAAAAAGAAAAUCUGGCAAUGGGGCUCCAUACCUUAGACCCCUUCUCUUGAUCUGCAAAAAUGUUCACAAAAAUAUUUCUCAAAUGCCCCUCAUACUUCCCUAACUACCUGGCUGUAAAAUAACACCUUUCAGUGAGGAAAUCAGACAAGUCCAAAGGGGACUAUUAAACACAAACUUAUUUAUACUUAAAAAAUCUUUCAACAAAAUAAAAAAAAAUUAAUCCUUGAGAUGCAAAUUCUUAGUAUCUUUUGAUGUGAACUGUUGUAAAUAAGGUUUUUACCAUGAAUGCAGCAGUAUCAGUUAAUGUGAGCAAGACUUGCGUCAAAUUGUUUUCCCAAUAUCUUAAAAUAGCUGAUUAUUUUAAAUUUACAAAAUAAAAGAUUGCAUGCUUAUUUCCAUGUUAUUGAAUAGGGUAAGUAUGCAUUACAAUUAAUAACAUUUAACAACCAAUAUUUAGACCUUUUUACAAGGACUAAAAACAACAUUUACCAUUUUUUGCAUUUAUAAUAUUAGAGUUUUUUUCAGUUGUAAGACCUAAAAUGUGAAUAUAUUUUUCUGGGUGAACAAUAUAUGGCUUUCUUCUUUCACAGAGCUUUAUAUAUUCAAUGGUGAUAACAUUCAAUUAAAUGCAGUGGCAUAAGUUCAUUUGCUUUCACUUUUUUGUUGUUACAUUCCAGCCACUUAGGCUGAAAAAAAAGUUGUAUUGUAGUAAAUUCUUCUUUAGUUCUGAAAUAGUCUGAACCCAUUCAAGAAUGGUGCUAAAUUAAACUGAAAUUGGGUAUCUGACAUAAGAAAACAAUAUUUUACAUGCAUUUUCACAGCUUUCUAAAUUGUGUACUUUAAUAGAUGAUUGCUUAUUAAAAGCUUCUGUCAUUGCAUAUAAAGGCAGUUUUUUUUAGGAAAAGUAGCUUGUAGCAUUUUCAAGAUUUAAUAGUUUGGGAAGGGGGAGGGCUUCGCUAAUGAAGUUUAGGUAACAUCUUUAAUCUGUCUCAGUAUUAUUUUGUAUAUAAUUUUUUAUAUCUGUGGACAAUAUUUGUGACAGAAUCAGAACUUAAGAAAAGUGACUUGGAAGAAGUUUGUUGGCCAAAACCAGGUGCUACAGUUUAACACCUAAAUUCUUUACAUUGGUUUUCCCUUCAAAAUAAUAUUGACAUAUUUGAUAAUGAUGUUCAUUAAUAUGCUUCUUUCUAUCUAUUAAAGUUUCCUUUAUGUACCAAUAUGUGUUAGUUUUGGUAAAUGAUAGACACUACUAUUAGUGUUACAUUUGAUAUGAAUUAUGGUUCAGUCUCCAUGCUAUAGAAAAAUUUCAAAUAAAAUACUAUCAUGAAUAUCAAAGCUGUGUAAUUUUAUAAAAGAAUUCUAUAAACAUGUAAUCAUUUUGUACAUAUAUUUAUACUUAUAAAGGGUAUAUUAUAAAUUAUAUGCCUAGCAAUAAACAAAAUCUAUAAAAAGUUUA